UCUUUACGUUUCACCGUCCACUCUGGAUCAGCACACUGGACCUGUUAGAUCUGCGGAGGACCGUUCAGGACACCAGUUUAAUGACCACGACCCCCAGGUUUCCCCUCCUCAUAAGGAUCAGCACGGAUGAUGCGUUUUGCGCUGCAGCUUUUCAAUGAAAGAAAAGACGCGCAACAGCAGAGAUGGGCACCGUUCCUGGACCUCCAGCUCCCCGGUCAGGGGCAAGAAGUUGUCAGAGCACCGUGUGGGCUGUAGUCGCUCCAGCGGUGCUUCUCAUCCAGCUGUGCGCCGCCUUUAACCUGGACGCAGACAGACGCGUCGUUUUCACCGGACCACCGGGGAGUUAUUUCGGUUAUUCAGUGGAAUUCUUCAGCAACUCAUCAAGCAUUUUGAUCGGCGCUCCGAAAGCCAACACCAGCCAGCCGGACGUCACCGAAGGAGGAGCUGUGUACUUGUGCCCCUGGAGACAAGCUAACUGCAACGUUAUCAACUUCGACAAGCAAGGUGACCGUUAUUUUUAUAUAAAUGACGUGAACACUCAGGUUGAGUUCAAGUCCCAUCAGUGGUUUGGAGCUACUGUGCGUUCCCAUGGUGACAGCAUCCUGGCUUGUGCUCCCAGGUAUUAUUGGAGGACCGAGCAUGACACACCCUUUGCUGAUGUUACAGGAACAUGCUACCUCUCUGUAGACGGUCUCAAAACAUUUGUGGAAUACGCACCAUGCCGAACAGAAAGACAUGGACCUGCUGGACAGGGCUACUGUCAGGGGGGAUUUAGUGCUGACUUCACCAAGGAAGGGAAGGUUGUGCUUGGAGGACCAGGCAGCUUUUACUGGCAAGGUCAGCUGAUCUCAGCCACCACAGAGGAGAUUGUUAAGGCUUACUAUCCUGCCUACUUUCUGCUGUCGGUCAACGGGCAGAUUCAGACCCGACAGGUGCAGGGGACCUAUGAUGACAGUUACCUGGGUUACUCAGUGGCUGGUGGUGAAUUCAGUGGGGAUGAUGAGGAAGAUUUCAUCACAGGAGUUCCGAAAGGACUCAUGCUGUAUGGUUUAGUGUCCAUACUGAGUGGAGGGGAUCUGAAGCCUCUGCUGAACUUAACAGGGGAGCAGAUGGGGUCCUACUUUGGCUACGCAGUGGCAGCCACCGACAUCAACAAGGACGGUCUGGAUGAUCUGGUGGUCGGAGCUCCGAUGUUCAUGCGUCGAGGGUCUAACGGGCGCCUGGAGGAGCUGGGUAAAGUUUACGUUUACCUCCAGAGGGGUCCUCUGCUGCUGGAGCCGGGCCAGUCCCACCUGCUGGGUACGCAGGCCUUCAGCCGGUUCGGCACCUCUCUGGCACCGCUGGGUGAUCUCAACCAGGACGGAUUCAAUGACAUGGCUAUCGGCUGUCCCUACGGAGGAGACGACCAGCAGGGGUUGGUUUUCAUUUAUAACGGUCACGCUGGAGGGCUGAAGGACACUCCCACUCAGACUCUCUCUGGCCAGUGGGCUUCCAGCUCUUUCCCGGCUAGUUUCGGCUUUGCUCUGCGAGGCGACAGAGAUCUGGACCAAAAUGGAUACCCAGAUCUGAUUGUUGGUGCCUUUGGGAUAGAUAAAGCCGUGCUAUACAGAGCUCGACCAAUAGUGAGUGCCAGCGCAUCCCUCACAGUGCAGCCGACCAUGUUCAACCAGGAAGAGAAGACAUGUUUGCUGAUCAUUGGGAAUGAAACCAUUUCUGUGUCUUGUGUCAGCAUCAGUUUCUGCCUGCUGGCUAAUGGGAAGCACCUCCCCUCUCAUCUAGGUUUUGUGGUGGAGGUGCAGUUGGACAGUGUGAAGCAGAACCAGAAGAAGUCUAUCAGGAGGACUCUGUUCCUGGAAAGCCAGCAGCCCAGUCUGGUGAAGACCUUCAGUCUCGCUAACGGAGAACGAUUGUGCCACGACAGCAAGAUCUACCUGCGGGCUGAGGAGGAGUUUCGGGAUAAACUCUCUCCCAUUUACAUCAGUCUCAACUUCAGUCUGGAUCCUCAGGCCCUGCUGGACCAACAUGGCCUCAGUCCCAUCCUGAAUUAUCACACAGAACAACUCAUAGAGCAGAAGGCCCAGAUUCAACUGGAUUGCGGAGACGACAACAUCUGCGUCCCUGACCUCAAGCUCGCUGUUUAUGGUGACAGAACAGAGGUUUACCUUGGCGACGAAAACUCCUUGAGCCUGACCUUCAAUGCCAGGAAUGAGGGGGAAGGUGGAGCGUAUGAGGCUGAGCUUUAUGUAGCUCUUCCCUCGGAGGCUGACUACAGUGGAAUAGCUCGCAACAAUGCGAGCCUGACCCAGCUGACGUGCAGCUACGAGGCAGAAAACCAAACCCGCUAUCUCGUGUGCGAUCUGGGAAAUCCCAUGAAGUCUGGUACCAGUUUAAUGGCUGGUCUUCGGUUCACUGUGCCCAGACUGAAGGAUACUCACAAGACUAUCCAGUUUGAGCUGCAAAUACGGAGUAAAAAUGCCAAUAACUCUGAGAGUGAGGUGGUGCUGUAUGAACUGGAGGUGGCUGCCGUGGCUGAGGUCAUUCUGCAGGGUGUUUCUCGGCCAGACAAAGUCAUCUUUCCUCCUCCCAACUGGACGGUUCGGCAGAGUCUUGUGGAGGAGCAGGAUGUCGGGCCUGAGCUUCAGCAGGUCUAUGAGCUGGUGAAUAACGGGCCCAGUUUGGUGAGUCAGUCAACCCUGGAGGUGAAAUGUCCUCUGAAGGCUCACGGCUAUGAGCUGCUCUACCCACUGGAGAUACUCACUGAGGGUCCGCUCAGCUGCUCCUCCAAAACAACCUUCAAUGCACUGAAACUCAAGCCUCCAGCACUAGAGGGUCCAACGGCACUGAAGUCCAGCACUGAGCACCACAUCCAGAGGAGGGAGGUGUACAGGGAUCCACUGGCUGAACAAACAAACCUGACGUGCAGUGCAGUGGAGUGCUGGCAGCUGCAGUGUAACGUGGGUCUUCUGCAGAGAGGAGCCAGUGUCCUCCUCACCGUACGCUCCAGAGUCUGGGCCGAAACCUUCAUCGAGCGAGCCCAUAAACAGUUCAUUCUGGAGUGUUCUGUUCACUACAAGGUUAAUAGAAUGCCGUAUUUGAUUCCUCCCAAAUUCAAGUCAUCGGGAUCCAAAAAGGUGGUGACAGCUGUGAUCUGGAACAAACCAGACAAUCAGUUCUCGGUUCCGGUGUGGAUCAUUAUCCUGGCUGUUCUAGUUGGGCUGCUAUUACUGGCCCUGCUCAUAUAUCUAUUGUAUAAGAUGGGCUUCUUUAAAAGAUCGGAUCCAUACGCUACGACACUGGAGAAAGCCCAGCUGAAACCCCAGGCGUCCUCGGAAGCUUAGAUCCAAGACAGAACCUCCUCCUCCUGCAGCUGCUCCAAAGAACUGGAAGUUCCACCACAUUCCCAAACGAAUAACGAAACUCGCCAAUGAUAAGCAGCCAACCCAUUCAUGAAGGGACAGUUAUGGGUGCUGCAUCACUGGAAUACAUAAAAUCUGGUGCUGCACUAACAUGCCAAAGCAGAGAAGGUGACGAGGGUCACGCAGUUGAAUAUGCACUGCUGUUUCUGGACAUUAAUUUGUACAAUCAGAGCUUUCUUAGAAGCUUGACCCUGUGGAAAAUGCUCCUUUUGCAGGACUCUUGUAUCAACACGGGGGGAAAAAAUGCACCUCCAACAAAAGCACUAAACCUGCAGUAUUUCUUCAUUCUAAAAAGGUGCAUUUAAAGCCAUGUUUGCGAUCUCAGUGUUUGAUAUUUCUGUAAAUUCCUGCUUUUGAUUUAUGUAUACACCACUUGUUAUUUAUGGCACAGUGUUUUCCUAUCGAUUGUUGAAUGUUGUACUGUACUGUCUGCAGGAAAAACUUGAUGCAGUGUUUAACUUGAAUUAUUGCUCUCCCAUAUUGGGAGGUUCUUUGUGUAUGAUGCAAUGUAUUCACUGUGUUAUGACCUAUUGGUGUUGUGGCCCAGAUUAAAACCUGAUUUUUUUGUA